AUGCCUUCAGCAGCUCUGUAUGCGCGCUCAUUGAGAGCCUAUGCCCGCCAUGGCUCCAACCCGACUGCCGUCCUCGCCCGCGCAUUCUCUGCGACGGCACGUAGGGCAGAGAUCAACAAAGUCUACCCCUCGGCCACCGAGGCUCUCAAGGACAUGAAGUCAAACUCCACGCUUCUGUGCGGCGGUUUCGGCCUCUGUGGUGUUCCCGAUACCUUGAUCAACGAGGUUCUCAAGAAGCCCGAGAUCACCGGCCUUACUGCAGUCUCAAACAAUGCCGGCACCGACACUUCCGGCCUUGGCCAGCUGCUCAAGACCAAACAGAUCAAGAAGAUGGUUGCCAGCUACAUUGGCGAGAACAAGACCUUUGAGAAGAUGUACCUUACCGGUGAGGUCGAGCUCGAGCUCACCCCUCAGGGCACCCUCGCCGAGCGCUGCGCUGCUGGCGGCAAGGGCAUUCCCGCCUUCUACACCCCCGCCGCCUUCGGCACUGUCGUUCAGACCGGUGAACUCCCUCUCAGGAACAAGGCCGAUGGCUCCCCCGACCAAUUUUCCUACCCCAAGGACGUCAAGGUCUUCAACGGAAAGUCCUACCUCCUCGAGGAGAGCAUUGCCGGUGACUACGCUUUUGUCAAGGCCUACAAGGCUGACAAGCUCGGAAACUGCCAAUUCCGUCUCGCCGCCAACAACUUUAACGGCGCCAUGGGCCGCAACGCCAAGAUGACCAUUGUCGAGGCUGAGCACAUUGUUGAGCCUGGUGAGAUCUCCCCUGAGGCCGUCCACCUGCCCGGUAUCUAUGUCAAGCGAGUCAUCCAGAGCACCACCGAGAAGAACAUUGAGAAGUACACCUUCGCCAAGGAUGAGAACGACCCCGAUGCCAAGAAGGCGCUCGGCAGCGGCGACACUGCCGCCAAGCGUGAGCUCAUUGUCAGACGUGCCGCCAAGGAGUUCAAGAACGGCAUGUACGCCAACCUCGGCAUCGGCAUGCCGAUGCUCGCCCCGGGCUUCGUUGGCCCCGAGGUUGAGGUCCAGCUCCAGUCCGAGAACGGCAUUUUGGGUCUGGGACCCUACCCCAAGAAGGGCGAGGAAGAUGCCGACCUCAUCAACGCGGGCAAGGAGACGGUCACGCUCAAGCCCGGUGCCGCCGUCUUUGGCAGCGAGGAGAGCUUCGGCAUGAUCCGCAGUGGCCGCAUCAACCUUACUAUCCUGGGUGCCAUGCAGGUCAGCUCCACCGGUGACCUUGCGAACUGGAUGUUGCCUGGUAAGGUCAAGGGUUUCGGCGGUGCCAUGGAUCUUGUCAGCAACCCCAGCGCCACCAAGGUCGUUGUCACCAUGGAGCACACGGACAAGAAGGGCAACCCCAAGAUUGUUAAGCAGUGCGCUUUCCCUCUGACCGGCCGUGCUUGCGUGUCAAGAAUCAUCACUGAACUGGGUGUCUUCGACGUCGACUUCGCUCACGGCCUGACCCUGAUUGAGAUCGCGGACGGUGUGACGGUGGAGGAAAUUAAGAGCAAGACCGAGGCGCCAUUUACCGUCGCUGAGGAUCUGAAGCCCAUGUUGUAA